AUGAGACUCCUCCCCACUAAAAUCUGUCUGUCUGCCAAGAAUCGUGAAGUUUAUAUUUGGAGAUAUUGCAAACUGGCUUGUGUUGUAAGAAAAUGUCAGCUCACAGAUACCUCACUGGUCCUGUGGCUGGUACAGAGCACCAUACAAGGAGGAGUUAGGCCACAGACUGGAGCUCUGGGAAGAUUGGCGAGUCGAGGUCCUGGUAUCGGUGUACAGUCUGGAGGUCCAGUGGCUGGUAUCCUCGGAGCCCGUGGCUAUGGGGCAGGCAAGCCAGGAAAAACAGGUGUUGGCCGUUAUCUUGGAGGGGCGGCAUACAGACCCACUGCGAUCAGAGGAGGCCUGAAACAAGGAUAUGGAACACUCGGUUAUGGAGGAGCUGCAAACCUUGGAACUGGCCUUGGGGCUGCCGGGCUGGGAUUCGGCACAGGGUAUGGCCUAGGCAACGGGCUGGGAGCAGCCUUAGGUUAUCCAGCAGGGAACCUCGGAGGAAGAGGUUACACCAGUAAUGGCUAUGGAGCGCAGCUAGGUUAUGGCGCAGGAGGAUACCCCAACGCUGGACGCGGAUACGGCCUUGGUGCUGCUGGCUAUCUUGGAGCUGGUUUUACUAACGGUUAUGGAGCAGGUGUAGGGGCAGGUGGAUAUCCACAGGGAGUUCGAGCAGGAAAGCAGAUUGCAGGCUACAGCAAUGGAUACGGCAGUGAGGUUUAUGGCACAGCAGACGGUUAUGGAGCAGGACCUGCCUACCCAUCAGUGUUAGCUGAUCAUUUUGGCAUGAACGGUAUAGCUGGUCUGGGAGCUGGAGGCCUUGGAGGUCCAGGGCUGGUAGUGAACCCCGGCCUGGGUGCUGAUGCCAAGUCUAGAAAAUAUGGUGCAGGUGGAGUUCUUGGAGCUGCCGGAUCCUUGCCUUACGGUGGCCAGCCUGUGGUCUCAGCUGGACUUGGCCCUCAAGGCAAGGCUGGUAGUUAUGGUGGAGCUACAUAUGGAGGAAUACCAACCCUUGGGCCAGACACUUCUUUGGGUGGUACAGGUGGAGCAAUGGAGCCAUUAGCAGGCGGAGCUGUAGGCCAGAUUCCUUACAGCGCACCAGUCAUUGCAGCUGGGCUUGAUGUUGAUGCUGGUUAUCCUUUUGGUGCUGAGCAACUCCGUCUGGGUGCUGAUGCUACAAAGACAGCCGCCAAAUAUGGCACAGGCUAUGCAGCUGCACUAAGUACUGGUGGUCAGAGACCCUAUGGUGGACAGAAGGAUGGAAGCAAGCUUAGUGGCAUUUAUGAGAAUGGCUACAGAGGCUGAUUUCCAAGGCCAUGCUGUUAAACUCGUCAGUAUGUUUUUUUAGCCCAUUUAUGCCUAGUGUUCCUCACCGUUGUGCAGUUUUGUGACAUGUUUUUGUCUGCCUUAUUGGUUUAGUGUUAGUUUUGUGCCCAUGUGUGUGGGCAUGUGUGUUUUGUGUGUAGGUGUGGUUUUGAUAUUCAUUGUUCUGUUUGUGGAUGUUCCCUCAGUCUGUUCAU